AUGGAAGAACAGCAGGCAGAAGGAGAAACAGACGUAGAAGAGAAACCCAUAGGAGAAAAAGAUGAAGUCGCAAUUAAUGCAGAUAAAGAACUGAAAAGAAAAACAAAAGAACAGGAAAGCUCAGCUAGAGGCGGAGGAGGAGGAGGCGGCGGCGGAGGCAAAGGAGGCGGUGGCGGAGGUGGAGGAAUGGGCGGAGUUAUGAUGAUGGGUAUGAUGAUGGGCAAGCUCCUAGCCGCUCUGGGUAUAGGAGGUGUCGGUCUCCUAGCCAUGAAAGCUCUUAUGGUUUCAGCAUUAGCACUGAUGCUCUCAGUCAUUCUGGGUCUAAAAAAACUAGUCCAUUCCGACCACGAAGAAGGUCAUACCGUCAUACAUGCUGGUCACGGUCAUGAGUACAACAGAAAGAAGAGAGAAGCUAGCAAUAUGGCGUACCAAGCUUGGCAAGAUUUAAAGAAAAAUUAA